CUGUCAAAAUGUCAGUGUUAUUUGUCCAUUGUCAAAUUGUAUCUUAGUGCGCGGAGAUACGGUUUUCAUGGGUUAUUUCGAAUACAAUUUUGAAAUAAAACACAAUAUACAUAUAUUUAUGUGUUUUCCUUUGAAUGGAAAAUAGUCUUUUAUUCUAUAUUUAAAAAGUUAUUAAUACAUAACCUAGAAUUGAUACAGAAGUUUCGUUAGUGAUAAUCUUGUCUAAAAUGACUGAAGAAGGUAAAACUGCUACUUCGGAACCUAAGAAAGAAGAAGUGAAUAGUAAUGAAAAUAAUAAAAAUGACGACGGUAAACCAUCAGAAGCCUGGGGUUACGAUUUGUAUCCAGAAAGACGAGGCACUUUCCAACGAAGUAUUACUAAUAUUCUGAUCGGUAAAGAAGGCAAAGAGAAUAUCGAUAAAUUAAAAUGCGAAAAGCAUGUGGUGGAAUGUGUGAAAAAUAGUUCAAUUGUAAAGGUGAUGAUGGCAGCACUUAAAAGCUCAGGAUGCCCCAUUGAUAUUAGGCGCCAUAUCUCUUGUGAAAUGUGCGAUUAUUCAGUCAGCGGUGGCUAUGAUCCGGAGUUGAAUCAGAUAGUAGUGUGUCAAAAUGUAUCGACACGUAAAGGGAUGGUGCAAGGGGUCCUGGCCCACGAGAUGAUACACAUGUUUGACUACUGUCGGAACCACUUGGAUUUUAGGAAUAUGGAACACCUGGCUUGCACUGAGAUCCGGGCUGCAAACCUAACACAUUGCUCAUUUACCAGUGCCUGGUCUCAGGGAGAUGCGUCAUGGACGGAUAUCAAGCAAAAACAUGCGGAUUGCGUCAAAACUAAAGCAUUAUAUUCAGUAAUGGCUGUAAGACAAAUUGGAAAGGCCGAAGCUGUCGAAGUAAUAGAGAAAGUAUUUCCCAAGUGUUAUGCAGACUUAGAACCGAUAGGCAGAAGGAUCAGGAGAAACUCUGAAGACAUGGAUAGAGCAUUUAGGGAAGCAGCAUAUUAUGGGUACCAGUAGCAAAA